AUGGCUGCCCCAAACAUUUUGGAUACUGAAAGCGACUAUGGCUCCGACAUCUCUCCAGAGGACGAGUUGCUUCUACUAGAGCUUAUUUCACAAAACUGCCAAAGUGCAAAAGCAAAGGGCCCUGCUCAUCUCCCACCGCGCCCUGGAGGCUACGACAGUUCUAAUAUAGACCUACUGCCUAGUCGCAUAGACAUCAUUGGCCAUGAGAACUCCAUGGUCACUGAGGGCAGUGGCACGUCCAUGGCUUCGUCAACCAUACCAAGCCGCAGCGAGUUGCUCGACACGGACGUCACCUAUCCGGAUUUAAGUCGAGCAUUGGCUGGCAUUGGUGAUGACAGAGAACGGGGGGCCAAGGCCCUGGAUGAACAGGGUACGGAAUCAGAGGCGUCUGAGGAUGAUCGUUCUCCUCUCCAAAGAUUCCGGUCAUUUCCCAGGAGACCAUUGACUGUCACCGACCUUACAGCUGGAGCCUGGUGCGAACUGCAAUACUGGUAUACUCUCACCAGGCUCCCCGGCGGUCGGCGGACCAAGACCCCUGCCAUGAAAGCAGGCUCAAUAAUCCACGAGAAGCUUGAGGAUGAGGUGCACACCACAACCCAGAUUGACGUUUUGACAAAAGAGGAUGGCUUCGCAUUGAGAAUGUGGAACUUCAUCCAAGGUCUUAGAACCCUGCGUGAAACCGGUAUGACCAGGGAGUUGGAGGUUUGGGGAAUGGUCCAGGGCAAUUUCGUGAAUGGUGUGAUUGACGAGCUAACACACGACAAUCCAAACCCCGAGUUUGAAAACGAACUCGCUGAAAUAUUCGAUCCUACCCCUGAUCAAAUGUCUUUACAUAGCUAUUUCGCCCGCAAUGGAAACCCCGCUGGCGCGCUCUCGCAGCCUAAGGUGUACCUCAUUGAUGUCAAGACGAGAGGAAGUCGGGCUCCUGUGACGAAGGCGCUGCUGAGACCUGCAAAAAUACAAUUGCUGCUCUAUCACCGAUUUCUUUCCGACAUCGCUGCAGGAAGGCUAGAUUUUUUCAAGUUGUUCGGACGUUAUGGGGUUGACCCUGAUGAUACUUUCUCUGACGGUUUCAUUGCUCAGAUAGGAGACCUCCACGAUGAGAUCUUUCAAGAUACGUCAUCACCCAAGGCAUCUACUUUCUAUGCGCAUGCGGCCCAGGACUCGGAGAGCCGUGGCUCACAACAAGGGGCUGGGCAGCUACUAAAGUAUCAAACACUCAGAGAAUUACUGCGCCUCGUGAAAGCCGAGGUAAAGCUCACAUUUCCAGAGGGGCAGAAAUCAAUGGGCUUGAUGCUUCGAGUCCAGUACAUUCAUCGUGAUAAUGGUGAAGAGAUCGAUGUUCACGACUUUCCCGUUUCCAAGCAGGCAUUGGACGAGUAUCUGAAACGAUACAUGGUAUGGUGGCGGGGAGAACGAAAAGCAAGCGGUGUCGACAUAGAAGAAGCUUUCAAGUGUCGCACGUGCGAGUUUGCACCCGACUGCACUUGGAGGAAUGCCAUGGCUGAGGAGCAGAUGCAAAAAGCUCGAGUACGAGAACAGGAGAGGCGUCAAGCUAGCAGACGUUCAAGGCGGGAAUGA